AGAGGCCUCGCUGAGCUGACAUGAACAUCUUUACUAAGGUCCCAGGACUAGUCCAACAAACCAGCAAGCUGGGGUCUGUGCUCCAACGUGCAUUUUACGGGUCCAGUGGGAGGGUGACCCUUUUCGAGCAGCGUAACUUCGCUGGCAGACGUCUGGACCUGAGUGCCGACUGCCAGAGGCUGAGCGAGAAGAACUUCCCAGAAAGAUGCAACUCCGUGCAAGUGGAGAGUGGAGCCUGGAUUGGCUACGAGCAUGAGAACUUCCGUGGCCGCCAGUACCUGUGGGACAUGUCCGAGCGGGGCGAGUACAACUGCACUGAGAAGUGGUGCGCUCAGGCUGACCGCGUUGGCUCCGUGCGCGCCGUCAAACAGGACUCUACCCCGGCCCGUGCCCAGCUGUACGAGAGGGCUGGUUUCUCAGGCAAGAGGACUGAGCUUCAGGACGACAUCCCCAACCUCAUGACCCGCCACAGCCUCAACAGGGCCGCCUCUAUCCGCGUGCUGGGUGGCGCUUGGGUGGUGUACCAGGAACCCAACUUCAGAGGACCCCACUACGUCCUGGAGAAGAAAGACUACAAUAACUUCUCUGACUGGGGGGCUCAGAACAGCACUGUCGGUUCCAUGCGUCGUAUUCGAUUCAGCUGAGCCCCCUGUCAAGCCAACAACUCCCCCUCCCCCAACUCAAACUUCCCCCAUGCAAAAUACUUUUUAUAAAUGACAAGUACAUUCUCGAGCACAACAAUCACAGACCCACAAGAGAAGCUAUUUUAAUAAUAAACAAAUGAAAAAAAAA